AUCAUCUCUUCAUUCUCAUCACUAAUAGUAAUUAUUCUACAUCUUGUUACCCAUUCUUCAUUCUUUAGUUUCUCAAUUGUUUUAGCUAUAUUCAUCAUCUUCAAUUAUUUGUUCAAAAAUAAAAAUUAUGGGCGGCAGAAUUCAAAGUGUCACUACUACUUUUGCUAUCAUAUUGGUUCUCUUAGGCACAGCAUGUGAUGCACAGUUAUCUUCAACAUUUUAUGAUACAACAUGCCCCAAUGCCCUUUCCACCAUUCGAACCACCAUUCGCACGGCGGUUUCUAAGGAGCGCCGCAUGGCGGCUUCUCUUGUUCGCCUUCAUUUCCAUGACUGCUUUGUUCAGGGUUGUGAUGCAUCAAUUUUACUAGAUGAUAGCCCCCCCACAAUUGUGAGCGAGAAAGGUGCAUUACCUAAUAAUAACUCAGUUAGAGGAUUUGAAGUCAUAGAUCAAGCUAAAGCUGCUGUAGAGAAAGUAUGCCCUGGAGUCGUUUCAUGCGCUGACAUUGUUGCUGUAGCUGCUCGUGAUGCAUCAUUCGCUGUGGGUGGUCCAUCAUGGGUUGUGAAGCUUGGACGCAGAGAUUCUACUACUGCAAGUAUAACUUUGGCUAAUAGUGACCUUCCACUUGCCUCAGAUGAUCUUAACACUCUCAUCUCUCGUUUCAGUAACAAAGGAUUUAGUGCAAAAGAAAUGGUCACUUUAUCUGGUGCCCAUACAAUUGGCCAAGCUCGAUGUGUCACAUUCAGAAAUAGAAUAUAUGGUAACACGAGUGACAUCGAUGCUGGUUUUACUAGCACUCGCCAACGUGGUUGUCCAUCCUUGAUUAACAACGACAACAAUAAAAAGUUGUCGCCAUUGGACUUGGUCACACCCAAUUCUUUUGAUAACAACUACUUCAAGAACUUGAUUCAGAAGAAGGGUCUUCUUCAAUCGGAUCAAGUUUUGUUUAGUGGAGGAUCUACAGAUUCAUUUGUUUCUGAGUAUAGUAAGAAUCCUACAACUUUUAAAUCGGAUUUUGCAGCUGCUAUGAUAAAAAUGGGAGAUAUUUCUCCUUUGACUGGAUCAGCUGGAAUCAUAAGAAAAAUUUGCAGUGCUAUCAACUAAUGGCUCCUGAAUCUUCGCUUCUUCAACUUGUACUCCUAUUGUUUUGUUU